CGGGUUAAAAAAAAUAAUGCAGUAGAAGAAGAAGUCUAAAGCGGAAGUGGCUGCUGAGCGAAACUGUAUAGUCACUGUGUGUGACCGGUCCCAACUAAGCUUUUUAAUAAAUAAUAUUAUUCCUCAUUUGGGUUGCUUUCUUCAUUACCGGCAUCAUGUCUAUAAUGUCAUAUAACGGAGGGGCCGUCAUGGCCAUGCGGGGAAAGAAUUGUGUUGCAAUUGCAGCUGAUCGGCGGUUUGGUAUCCAAGCCCAGAUGGUCACCACAGACUUUCAGAAAAUCUUCCCCAUGGGUGACAAACUCUACAUUGGCUUGGCAGGACUGGCCACAGAUGUGCAGACAGUAUCUCAACGGCUCAAAUUCCGUCUCAACCUGUACGAGCUCAAAGAAGGGCGUCAGAUCAAGCCCAAGACCUUCAUGAGCAUGGUCUCCAACAUGCUGUAUGAGAGGAGGUUUGGCCCGUACUACAUCGAGCCUGUGAUUGCUGGUCUGGACCCAAAAACCUCUGAGCCGUUCAUCUGUUCUUUGGACCUGAUUGGCUGCCCCAUGAUAACAGAAGAUUUUGUGGUCAGCGGCACUUGUGCAGAGCAGAUGUACGGCAUGUGCGAGUCAUUGUGGGUGCCUGACAUGGAGCCAGAAGAUCUCUUUGAGACUAUUUCACAGGCGAUGCUAAAUGCAGUUGAUAGAGAUGCUGUUUCUGGUAUGGGAGUUAUAGUGCAUGUCAUUGAGAAGGAUAAGAUAACUACACGGACCCUGAAGGCCAGAAUGGACUAGAAACAACAACGCCACUGCUUUUCUCUCCCCACCACCUUUUUUUUUUUUUUUUUUGUAUGUAGAAAAAAAAAAUUUGGAUCAAUUUCUUCUUUCAGAUGUACUCGUCAAUAAACUGGUCUAACAUUUAA